UAGCAGCGCGUCUCUUCCUCCGUCAGUGGCCGCUCUCUCGCUCACUCACGUCUUCACUCACCCUGAUAACUGAACUCUGACGUGGAUACUCAGUUCCUAGAAACCGCCUGGGUAUAUAAAGUUGAUAGAAACCUUCAAUUUCUAGAACAUUCAGUUAGUGGACACUGAACUAAGACAAACCAUUGAGCGUAUCAAUGUCGUAGAAACCGUUAUUUUGUGGAUAUUCGUGUUUUAACGACUUUUUAUAUGAGUUCAUAAGACUUUUAGAAACCGCCUGUUUGUGACACUUUCUAGAAAACAUGUACGGAUGUUUGUUUGUGGAGAUUCAGAUACUGAGAACAGCCUGUUAGAAACCACUUUAGGACGUUGAACUACCAGAGACCAUAUGAAUUGUGUUAAAUCAAAGACACCAUUGGAAUAUUCACGUGCUAGAAACCUUCUUAGAACACCUAAAUAAUAGAAACAUCGUAAGGACAUUGAACUACUAGAAACCUACUCAAGACAUUAAUCUGGUAGAAACAUCUGUUGAAUACCACAAGAAUUUAGAUAAUAGAAACCUUCUACUGAUUCAGGUUCAGCUAUUGGUAACUAUUUUUGGACAGCCUACUUCUAGAAACCAGAUGUUUGUGGACAUUAGAAAUCUUCUGGAAAUAUCAAACUCCUUGAGACUUUUACUUUCUGGACGAUCGGUUUCUUCGAAGCUACUUGAUAUGGCCUGUUUGAGAAUAUCUGAAACCAUUGAAUAUCUUGUAAACGUUUGUUUACUAGAAACCUCUGGGGAGCAAUCCAAUGCAAAUUUUAAUUAGCAUUAUUAUCUACUAGAAACCCUCUGCUUGCAGAAUUAGAAACCUUAUGAGAAUAUUGAACAACGAAAUUCGAAACCGACUGCUUUAGGAUAUUCAAAUACCGGAGACCGUCCGUUUGCCGACGCAAAAUAUCGCUCUGGGGACAUUCAACAACUAGAAACCACCUGUUCUCAAUCAUUAUAGUCCUUAUAGCAUCAUAAUUCUUCUAGAAACCAUCUGAGGAGAUUCCUUUGAUGAAAACCGUCUUUUGUGGAUAUUCAGGAACUAGAAACCAUAUUUGGAAAAGCUCAAUUACAUCAUAUUGUCACUUGCGAGCAUUAGAAACCUUGGGGGGGGGGGAUUUUAGUUACAAGAGACCCAAGAGACUCAGUUUCUGACCAUUAAGAGACCUCCUAAGAGAAUCCUGUCAUUAGAAACCGUCAGUAGAUACCCAGCUAGAGACCAUGGAGAUGUCUCUACUGACUGGAGUGGUUGUGUCUCUGUUAGUACACACCUGUAGAGGCAGCAGUGAGGGAGAAACCUUGUUAUUGGGGACACCAAAGAGGAUAAGACGACAAGCGACUCCAGUUGACCCCCAAGUGAACUCUUCUGACCCUCAAAUGCCCCAGAUGAACGGUAAACCUGACGAAGGCACCGGAGGAUGUCCAGGAUCGGAAGAAUUUACCCCUGGGCGGCCUAGGAAUCCCACCCUGAGUUCCAUCAUCCCAGCCGGCUACGACCAGUAUGUCCUGCCGCUUACUAAGGACGGUGGACCGCUGCCGGUGUUCAUAAGUGCUAAGGUCCGGGAUAUUCAGAAGAUAGACGAACUAAACAUGGACCUGACUAUAGAAUGGUACAUCCGGCUCUAUUGGACAGAUUCCGGCCUCAACGCCCCCACGCACCUCCCUGACAACGCCUGGCUCAACGUAGCACCUGACAUUAUCCGCUACAUCUGGCUCCCAACCACGUAUAUAGAUCACGUGAAGGAGGUGACGAAGCCGACCCUCCUACUCAAGGCCGAGUCCUUCAGGAUGCAGAACAACGGACUCAUACGAUACUCCAUCUCGGUCACCACACGAAUCUCUUGCCCCAUGGACUUCUCCGCUUACCCCUUCGACAGUCAGGUGUGCUACUUCAAGAUGGAGAGCUAUCAGUUCACAUCACUGCAGGUUUCCUAUAAGUGGUACAGCGCGGAGAUAGAGAGGGCGGAGAACAUCGCCUCAGGUCACUAUGAUAUUGACUUCUACAGCGUACAACAGAAGAACGUAUCUCACUCUACAGGUCAUUUCCCGACGGUGAUGGUGGAGGUGGUGCUGAAGCGACGUAUUAGCUACCAUCUGAUGAACACCUUCCUGCCGUCGGGUCUGUUCGUGUGUGUGUCGUGGCUCACGUUCCUCGUACCUGUCGACCAGAUCCCCGGCCGUAUGGUACUGACAAUCACUACCUUGCUUACUCUCGUCUCCAUGUUCGCUGCCGUCAGGCAGGAGAGCCCGAAGGUGUCGUACGCGAAGGCAGUAGACCAGUGGAUGAUCAUGUGUGUGGUGUUCGUCUUCUGCGUCUUGGUGGAGUUCACCGUCGUCCUCCGCCUCUACGAGUUGGGGAGGCGGAGAGCAUCUCGUAAGAAGGCGUCCACUGCACCUCUCAACUCCACUGCCAUCGCCACUCAUCGUCCCACAAACGUCCUCCCCGCCAGCGUCACCGCCACCACCUACACCAACCACAGUGUGUCCAGUCCUGUGUUCAUGGAGCGAGCGAGGAACCUGACGUCUUCUUCGGAGGGUUCCUCGAGUCCCGGGGUCAACAAGCUGAAGAAACGGGUAUGGAGAGCAAGCUUGGCACUGUCACGAGGGGGAGGGGAGGUGGGCGAGGGGCGGGGCACCUGGCAGGAGGAGAAAUUAAGAGGGGAGAUAGCUGAGUAUCGAGAAGAGCGAGACGACGGCGGCGACGACGACGGCAACGACGACGACGACGACCCAGGCAGCGGCGGAGCAGGAGUGGACGAAGUGGGCGGUCCGUGUGGAACAGUGGAGUCUACGGGUCUUCCCCUUCAUCUUCUUCAUGGAGACAACUCCUCGACCACCUCUCUCGGCGUGAUCAUCAAGUGUUACAUCAUAAUAGACACACUCGAGUCUAUGUCACCAGCACGUCACACUGUCACCAGCACGUCACGUCGUAUUGUCACCAGCACACAUCCAGGGGUUCGACUAGGGGCACUCUGGGUUGACCAUUGA